AUGUAUAACUCAAUAAAUUGCAUCGUUGUGAUUGCAUUUGUGAAUAUGCAGUUGUUGUGUUUGCCACCCGUUGACAGUGCCAUCGAUGCUUUGGUCCAGGAUUAUUUGAAUGCUGAGAAAAAUUUAUGGCAUUUAGUGCGAAGUACCACAAAUUUAUACAAAAACGAUGAUACAUUGGCCCAUAUCUAUGAGACGCACGAAUUUUUUAUGGCCAUGAAUUUCAAUGAAAUCGGCCGAUUCGAUACAUUGUCAAAACAGGAACGAAAUAUUUCACAUGAAAAUCGAAUCAUGGAACGGCAUCUAUGGCGCAUUGUCGAUGCUGUUCAGCAUAUCAACAUAACAGCUUUAAAUACACAACGGAUUUUAAGUCACAAUCAAUACGAGUAUUUGCCGAAUAUAAUGAAAGAUAUCGCACAAAAUAUGCCAAAAAUGCUGGCAACUCUUUGCAAAUACACCGACACCAAGUUUUGGUUGUUUAUAAAAAAUAAUUCACAAGUUUGCUACAAAGAUGUUGUGCAUGUAGCGUUAGAGAAUCAAGCAUUGGUCGAGUUUUACAACGAAAUUGUUGCUGCAGCACUCAAAUGCUAUAUGUUACUUCAGAUGACUUAUAUGGUUCAAACGGCUACUGAUCUCGGUAACUUUAAUGACCCGGGAUAUAAACUCCGAGAAAGUUUUUCAUUCAAUGUGACCGCCAUUCAAAACUACGUGAGAAUCGAAUUGACAAACGCAAGCCAUGCAAUGUGGGCAUAUUCUUUUAUUGAGAUAUCAAGAUUCUAUCAGGGUUACAUUGAAAACGAGAUCAAUUUAAAUCCAGAAGGUAAUUGCCGUCAAACUUGCGAUGAAUACACUGAAACAAAGCAUUACCAUUGCGCUGAAAACAGUUUAUGUGCGAAUUUACAUGAUCCGUCGCAACAAUCGAAGCUGAUUUGCCAAGGCACCAUACGGAAUUGUCAAUAUAUUGACGGUAGUUUCAACAUUUGUCCGACGGAGGAAGGCUCGAUGCAACGUUACAAAUUUCUCGUGAACGAUGACGGAAGUGUAUUUGGCGGUGAAAAAAAUUGCAAUCAUUUGCAUACUAUUAGAGCGAAAUCGUGGUGGAGUUGGUACAUUGUAGCAAUUGUUUUUGUUACUGUGAAGAGACAUUUGGAAAACAUUCCGACAGAUACUUCAGUCUUUGGUCCGUCGUUUCAAAUACCGCCGCGAACAAAAUUAUAA